AUGGAUUUUGUGACGUGCGGGUCGGUGGUGAAACUGCUCAAUGUGAAACACAACGUCAGAUUACACUCUCAUGAUGUUCGCUAUGGGUCUGGUAGUGGUCAGCAGUCUGUAACAGGUGUGACUGCUGUAGAGGAUAGUAACAGUUACUGGAGUGUGCGGGGCACCAGUGAAGCUGAAUGCCAUCGAGGGACUCCUGUAAAAUGUGGACAGAACAUCCGCCUUACCCAUGUCAACACGGCCCGCAAUUUACACAGCCACUACUUUACAUCCCCUCUGUCUUCAAAUCAGGAGGUCAGUGCGUUUGGGGAGAAUGGCGAGGGUGACCAUCUUGAUGAAUGGACCGUUCUGUGUGCAGACUCAGUUUGGCAGCGUGACGAGUCAGUUCAGUUCCGCCACACUGCCACUGACGCUCUGCUGUCUGUAACAGGCGAACAGUAUGGCAGACCCAUCCACGGCCAGAGAGAAGUGCACGGCAUGAUAAUCAGCAGCCAGCACAGCUACUGGAGAACAAUGGAGGGCAUCUUCAUGAAACCGAGUGACACAGGGUCCAGGGAUUUCAGCAGCCCACUACACACAGAAUUUUAA